CAAAACACUGUUCAGCUUAAUCGUGGCAAUGUAAGGUGAAGAUCUCACAGGUGUGAGCAGAUAUGGACUGUGUUGUUAUUGUCCUGACAACCCGAGGGUAACUGUUUGAUGGCCGUCCCGUCCCCCGGGUCGCCCCUACAUUUUACUUUCCGUCAUGGCUGUACUAAAGGGACUGAUCUUCGUGUUUCUGUUUGCCCUAUGUGAGGGUUUCGAACAAGUCUGUCAACAAUGCGACUGUUACGUGAGUGAGGGCUACAAGGAGAGAGGUGUGCGGAACAUCAAGCCUCGUUGUAACGAAGGCUCUAUUCGAUGGAGAAAUCCAAACGGGGGUCUGCGUGUGCAGCUGGAGUCUGGCUAUACUUCGGAUUUCCGGGCAUGCUUUGCCGUGGACGCUACAAAUAUCGCAGUAAAAGUGUCCCAGGAAUUUAUGGUAACUUCCGGUAAACAGAUAUCCGGUCGUCGAUCGUCAUACCUGCAUAGUGUUGCUAUAACUGUCAACAGGACUAAAGAAAUCUGCAUUCCCUCAUCACCGUCAUACCCAUCUGUGUUACUAUACUUAGAGACAGAACGACUGCCAUAUCAUUUGGGUGUGCAGAAAGUGACAUUCCAUUACGUCAUAGAGCCUAUUCGAUCAAACAAAUUGUUCUUCAACCCUAUGGAGGAAGAAUGUCGUCCGUGCGAUCCCCAGGAGCUCGUCCGAGCCUACUGUUCGAGUGAUUUCGUGGUAACUGGUAAGAUGUCUGCCGUCCAACAUUUGGAUGAUAUUGACCGUUCACAGAUGGAUGUAGAAGUUACUCGCGUUAUACGUCAGAAAGGUCAGCUAUUUACCUACUUCCGGGAGGACCAAUCUCUUCGUGGUUCUAUGAUGGCUCCCCGCCAGUGCGGAAUACAAUAUGGCAAUGGUGACUUCCUCUUUACAGGAUAUCUGCGUCUUGGUCACAUGACCAUUUCCUGUUCGCCAUACUUGUCGGAAUGGAGACAGGUUCUGAAGACCGCGUUAGCUGACGGUACCAUGGAAUGUGAAGUGGACUAAAUUUCUCGAAAGAAGAACAAAUAUAAUGUAAACAUAAAUUAUUUGGCUGUGACUGAUGACUGUUAGUGAUGAAUUAGUGAUCAUGUGACUGUCUAACUGGUACACAAGGACAAAAUAAAGUGUGUUAUCGGUUUUGAAGGGGGUUGGGUGGUUGAUGAGGACGACAACUCAUGACAGUUGUCGUGCUUGACUGUGAUUGACAGGUUGGUGGGCGUGACCUGCCUGAACCUGUGCCGUAUCUGUGAUAUACGUAACCUAAUUAUGGUGCAAUUCGUAAAUAACCGUCAUUCUUAUCCCGCUGUCUUAAUGACCCAGUAUAAAACUGGAACUUGUAGAUACGGUUACGUUGACUAACAGAAAUGGUACCAAAAUUUCGUUAGUCAAGGAGGAGAGAGAGCCGGGAAAGACUGCCGGUUGUUUACUUUCGUUGUCCAAGUUUUUUUUUGUGUGCUAUUAUUGACCGUGGACGGGGAGCCAUGCUGUAGAGACUGUGAGAGGACUCCUGGUGUGGCAACCCUUUUGGGUACCCGUGUUGUGAUGGAUGAACCCGUGUUACGGGACCUGUGGUGUGGGAACCAGUGUUGUAUGGAACCCUGUUGGUGUGUUAACACGGUGUUAUUGGGGACCCGUGUUGUUGAGACUUGCUGUGGAGGUAGCGAGACAUAUAUUUUGGGACCAAAUCACUUGACCGUCAUGUUUUAAUAGGCAUCAUUCAGCUUUAAAAGCCGGUUGGUUAACCAUCUCAUGAAACGAUAUUCAUCUCAUUUCGAAAUUCAUUUGUAAAUAUUGGACUCCUUUACACUGCAUCACAGUGGAUAUUUUGAUAGCUAAAAUACAUGUAAUGUGAACAUUCCUGAUUGACAACCAGUUUUCUGUGGUAUGAACAUCAGUAAGCUCGGACUAAGUAGUUGUACGAUGUCGGCGCGAGACUUACUGGGGAUCACAUCACAUGAUUUUUUCUACUCAGAAACAAAGAAAAUAAUUUCCAUUUGUAAAAAUCACCUUUCACAUUGUCAUUCAUGGUUUGUGUAAAAUAGAUAUCAUUUGUAAAAUCAGUAAGAUUAGUUAUCAAUUUUCGCCUGAAAGGCAAAAGGCAGCAGCAAUCAAGAACCCUAUUUAAACAAGAACAAAGGGACGUAACUUUGUAUUGUUUCAUCAGAUAUCACAAAAGGCUUGGUAAAAGAAGCCUCUCCGUGUCAUUACAUAAGUAGUAUUCAGAGUUAAAAACUCGUUUUUAAAUUUCGUUUGCCAGUGACAGUUUGUUGUCAGAUUUUUAUGACGAAGGUAGAAUUUACAGUGUCGCCAUAUCACCUGAUUUCCUUAGGUCCUGAUAUUGGACAUAUCGUGGCCUGCUAAGGUCGUGAAAAUGGCUAGAAUCACAUGGCAUGUUUGUAUUAGUAUUUCAAAGUUUCAAGUUCAAUUUUUGGAUCUCAGUAAGUACCAUUAAUUCUAUGGAACACCAUCUAAAUACAUACAGAUGUGAUAACUAUAUAUCUGAAAUUAUUACAAAAUAUUCUUUAAAACUCCCAGUCGGCAUUGAUUUUGAAAGCGUUUGUUGACACUGUUUUUAGGCUGUAGUUUAGAACACAAUGUGUUCCACCUAUUGUUAGCAUUGCCGUUAUUGUUUAUUGUCUCACUAGGGUUGUAUUUCUAUUUUUUAUUAAGCAGAAAACAGUUCUCAUUAGAAUACAGGAUUUGAACUAUCUAGAGAGUACUGACAGCUAUCUAGGAGAGUAUUGACAGUUGUUGGGAGUACUGGAUGUGUCUACGAACAUAUGUUGUCAAAUAUUGUUGAUAGUAAAUUGUUUUUUCAUGUUACCCAGAAUUGCUCCAGAAUAGCGUCUAUUUUGUUGUGUACAUAAGAGACUUUAUCUCAAACUUCAAAGUUGAACAAAUAAAAAGUUAUAAAUGAUAA